AUGUCGAAAGAAUUUAGUAUCGUUGUUUGCGGUUCUGCCCGUGUGGGUAAAAGUACAUUAGUGAAUGCCAUUUGCGGACGUCCAGUUGCCCGAACAAGUGGAAGUUUAUGUUCACAAACUGAUCGAAUGGAGAAAUAUACGAUUAAUCGAGAUGACGAAGCCGGUUCCGUUCAAUACAAAAUCACAAUUUACGAUACACCUGGCAUCGAAUCGUGGACUGAACAACACGUUCGUUCAUAUUUUUCAAAAAUAAUGAACGAAAGUAAACCACUCUGUAUGAUCUACUGUGCUUCUCCCGGUUCAUUUGCAAAGUUGGAUCAAUUACAAUGGUUGGUUGAUACUUGUAUUAGUUCCAAUAUCUUCUGUGCUUUGGUUUGCACAAAUAAAUAUUCCAGUGGGACAUCCCGACGUCAACAUGUUAUGGAAGAUUUUCAUUCUUUACUUUCGCGUUAUCAUCACAUGACACGAGAUGAAAAUCCAAUUAGAUUCUAUGGUGAUGUUGCUUUGUGUACAUCAGUCAAUAGUAUUCUUUAUGAAGAUACCGAAUUGGGUGUUCGAAAAGAUGUUGAAGGAAUCAAUGAGCUGAUUUUUGGGAUUUUAAUUUCGUUAAAAAAUGAUCAAGCUGCAGCCUGGUGUUACACAGUUGCUGAGAAUCAAUCGUUUUGGGUGACAAUGCGUGAGGAGCUGAUGAACUUUUUUGAAAUUGCGAAACCCGUCGUAAAAGAAUUUUACGAUGAACAUGGGAAAGAAAUUAUUAAAAGUUUGAUACCAAUUAUUCUUAUUGCAAUAAAACGAAAAUUAUGA